AUGCAAGUUCAACGAGGUUACACCAACGUUAAGAAACACGUGAUUUUAUACCAAUGGCAAAUAAACGAAAUAAGUUCCUACAUAGAAAAGUGUGAUGACAACACCGACCAAAAUAUAUUCCUGGAGUCUCCAAGGUUCGCAGCAGGAAGUAGCCUAGAGAAGAGAUGGAACCUGGAGUUAAAAUCAAGCCCGAAGGACGUUCAAUCAGUGGAUAAAAAAUGGCUGUCAAUAUUUCUGAUGCUUUCUACGGAAUCAAGCGUCGAAGCGAAAACAAAGUACCUGUGUUUUAUUUUAAACCACAAAAAUGAAAGAAUUAAAGUUAAAAAGUUCAGCAAAACAUUCACAGGUGUUGGAGGUUGGGGGAAUCGUAAAUUCCUGGAGACGAAUGAGCUGCUGGAGAAGAAAGAUGAGCUAGUACCCAACAACACACUGACUAUCGGCAUUGAACUCACCGUCUUUGAUAGCUUCACGACCAUCUCCAACAGCUUGGCUGCCUUAACAAGCAACCACGCUAGCUUGGCUGAUGAUUUCAAAAAUCUGUUGGACAGCAAGAUUGGCAGCGACGUCGUUCUGUCGGUGAAGGACCAACUUUUCAACGCACACAGGUCUAUUUUGAUGGCUAGGAGUCCAGUCUUCUCAACGAUGUUCUCUCUGGAGAUGAAGGAACGGAAAGAAGACAGAGUCAGUAUUACAGACAUUGAUCCAGAGAUCUUCAAAAGCCUGCUGGAGUUCAUCUACACUGACGAUGUCUCCAACCUGGAGGCCAUUGCUGAGGACUUGUUGGAGGUGGCUGAUAGGUAUAUGGUGGAUUCUCUUAAAGCCAGGUGUGCUGAGACUCUUUGUCAGUCGCUCACUGUUGACAAUGCUGUCAAGUUACUCAUGCUUGCUGAGAGGUACAACGUCAAGGAGAUGCUCGAUCUAGUCUCUGAGUUUAUUUUGACCAAUGCCAAGAGUGUCAUCGAAACCCCGGAUUACAGUGUCAUGGAGAAGUCGAAUCCUUCCUUAGGACUGGUUUUAUUAAAAAAAUUUGCUCACUUUAAUUCUGAUCCAGCGACGUGA